AUGGAACGGCCGUUCUCGACGUCCAAAGUCACAGUCGAGUACUUUGAUCCUCACGACGUCUACAAGCUCCUCGCGCCAGGGCUGGUUCCUCGGCUCCCUUUGCGAGAUCUUCACUGGCAGUCUCAUGCCGGGCCUCUUCGAUCCAUCCAGACUCUUCAUGUGGAGCUCGUAGCGGCCGGGUCUGGAUCUGACGCCUCUCGCGCCGCCGCAUCCCCGGUUAUCUCCCCAAAACCACACGGAAGCAUCGCAGAUACUACGACAAGCACCGAUGAUGGCUUCACGACACAGGCGCUGGGUGGUCGUACCGGAUCUAUCGAGAAUAUCGACGCCGUAACACUACCAUCUGGUGCUGUCCGCCCUGGGCAGGCGCCCGCUCGACGACACCAGAUUCCUGGCCUGCGACGGACGCCGUACCUCAAAGUGCUCCUCGUUCGGUGCGACGACAAUGACACCUACAAGUCCACUACGCGCGACGAGAUCCGCAAGUGGAUCAAGGAGAAUACCCCCCCUGCGCAGUCCACCAAGAAGGAUCGAAAUACGGCCGAAAAUCACGAUGCAUUCGAGUGGCUCAUCAUCCACGUCGUAAUACCCAAUACCGUCGCCUCAACCCAGCCGCGGACUACCGGCGCGAGCAGCAGUAAAGGGCCAGAUGGAUCCUCGGACUCGCUUCCAACGACUAAGAGCACUACCAGGCGAUGGGGAGGCGGAUCAUCUACGCUCCUAGAGAAAUUGCGGUCAGACUUUAAUGGGACCAGUAAGAGUGCAGUAGAUCGCGUCGCCCAGAUUCGAAUCGGCAUCAAUGAUGUGCCUUAUGAUCUCCUUCCGAGAGUCGUCCCUGCUGUUCCAAGCGGAUACACUGAAACCGAGGCGGAGGCCGAUGCAGCCUGGGUCGACUUGAUUGCCAAGUUCAAAGGCCUCAUUCUCUCGAGCUUCGACAUGAGAGUAGGCCAGUACGAGGAUGACAUUAAGGAGAAGGAUGCCCAGCGGAGCCUUCCCGGUUGGAAUUUUUGCACUUUCUUUAUUCUUAAGGAAGGGCUGGCUCGCGGGUUUGAAAGUGUCGGCUUGGUUGAUGAUGCCCUCGUGGGGUAUGACCAGCUGAGCGUGGGUCUCGAUACUAUCAUUCAGGAACAAGCCGGAUCCGACUCCGCGGAAGCUCAUGGUGGCUCGUUGUUGGACUUUACUGACGAGCUCAAGAAGGCUGCUCAGAGGUGCUUAGCAGCUGCCACGAAUGGUACUCUAGAAUUUGAAGGAGAGGACGAGCCGGUGAACUUGCAAUCAAAGGACGGCGCAUCACUGGAAAGUUUUGACGACAUUCCGAUAUCAGCAUCCAAGAAGCCUUAUCAUCUCUUUGCUUCUCCGGCUAGGAAAUGCCUGGUCAACUCGAGAUGA